AGCGUGAGAGAGAGUGGAGAGAGAGAGAUCAUCAGAGAGAGGGUGGGGAGAGCUGUGUGAGAGAGAGAGGAGAGAGUGGAGAGAGAGCGUGAGAGAGAGAGCGUGGAGAGCGUCAGAGAGAGAGAGAGAGCGCACGGGAAGAAGAGAGAGCGUGAGAGUGGAGAGAGAGAGAGCAUCAGAGAGAGGGUGGGGAGAGCUGUGUGAGAGAGAGGAGAGAGUGGAGAGAGAGGAGAGUGCAGAGUGAGCGUCAGAGAGAGUGGAGAGAGAGCGUGAGAGAGAGAGAGCGCACGGGAAGAAGAGAGAGCGUGAGAUAGAGUGGAGCGAGAGUGCAUCAGAGAGAGCGUGAGAGAGAUUGCAAAGAGAGCGUGAGAGAGAGCGUCAGAUAGAGAGAGAGUGAAGAGAGCAUCACAGAGAGAGCGAGAGAAUCAGUCGGAGUAGACGUGCAGAAGAGAAGAGAAGAUUUAGCGGAGAGAGACAGAAGCGAGAAGAGUGAGCGAGUGUGGAUCAGCAGCAGCAGGAGGAGCAGCAGGAGGAGGAGGUGCUGACUCAAUCCCUGCAGCAGCCCAGGGAGAUGGGAGCCAUGCUGCAAGCCCUGUGCGUCGUCAUCACUCUCGCACUCUUCGCCGGAGCCUCCGUCUCCCAGGAUGCCAGUUUGACUCCCAGCCCAGCGCCGUCCGCCGCCGCCGCCGCCGUCGUCGCGACCUCCGACCUCAUCCUGGGGAAGAACUCGUCGCUCGCGCUGCUCGAGUGCCGCCUCGUGCCGUCGGGCGACGAGGUGGUGGCUCGCUCGUGGCUCCACAAUGGCUCGAAGAUCCACGGCGACUGGGUGCCGAGCAACUACAUGAACCACACCGUUCGUAGCUUGCUCGAGGCCGGCGCUUACACCUGCCUCUUCGGCAGCAAACACAACUCCUGGAACGCAACCGUUCUGGUCAAAGCCGCCCCCCAGUUCGACGCGGUGUCGUCGGGGGGCAAGAAGGAGCACAAGAAGGACCACAAGAAGGACCACAAGAAGGAGCGCAAGCUGUCGGCGUACAUCGGCCACAAGGCCGUGAUCAGUUGCCACCUGGCCUUCCAAGGCUUCCCGACCCCAACCUGGACGUGGUUCAAGCUGUCUGCGGACAAGAAGACGCUCACGCCGCUGGGCGACGCGGAGAGCGAGAGCGGCGCGAAGACGCAGCACGUGAUCGCCGCGGUCUCGCGCGAGGACGAGGGCGAAUACCUGUGCGUCGCCAGCAACGACGCCGGCUCCAGCAACGACACCGUCACCUUCAAAGUUCACGACCUACGUGACGCAGUGUGGCCCUUCCUGGGCAUCGCCGCCGAGGUGGUCGUUCUCAUCGUCAUCAUCUUCGCCUGCGAGAAGAUGGGGCGCAAGAAAGCGACGGCCACCCCUGUCGAGGAUGACGGAACUAUGGCACUGAAGGGCGCAGCAGAGAAUAGCCAUGCCGACACGAAGGCCGUCAGGCAGAGGAACAGCAAGUAGACCGCCGUGCCUGACCGCACUCCGCACGACUGGAGGACGUCCCAGCGGGAGAUGGAAGGUGCGGAAACGGAAACAGACACCGGCCGUUCUUCGCCUACUUAGUGCAUAUAGUCUUCCCGACAUCAUCAUGAUCAUCGUCGUCACCAUCAGCCGUGGUCUAUCCGCCGCUAGAGAUGAAGGCUCUCCUCCCCGUGCCGUCGUCACACAAUCUCCCGCGGUGUCGAUAUUUCCGCCACCCGUUUUUCUCCCUCGCGUGUGCGCGCCGAUUUCAUCGUCCGACCCUCCGCUGCGGUCGCCCUCCGACCGAGUGGCGCUGUUUUUCCUCCCGUCUCGCCCGUCGGCCGCCAUCCCAUCGCAGUUGACGCGUCCUGCCCAAGCCCGCUUACUUUUCCCACCGGCCCGUGCGACGUUUGUUGCCCGUAGCCCCGCGCGUCCGAUUAGCCCGGUUGGCCACGUACGGUGCGAAAGAUUCUUCUUGGUUCUUUCGGUAAAGUCACGUAGAAGGGAAAUAAUGUCUCAGACACUGUCUUUCCGACAGACCUGUUCUUCACCUGAGGACGGCUGCUUGCGUUGUGGCCGAAACGUGGUGAGAAUUAUUUUAUUAUGUUUUAUUAUUUUAUUAUUUCCAUUCUACGUGACUUUACUGAAAGAACCAAUAAGAUGAAUCCCUGCAGUCACGAAAGCUUUAAAUCGAAGGUGCGAAAGAAGUUGAGCACACGUACACUGUGCGCGUUCACAAUGACCACCAAUGGGGAUGAAAGUCACCUCCCCGCUUCUCUCUGUCUCUUGCUGUAAAUCCAGAGCGUGCGCCUCACUGCUUUGCACACUUUUCAGCUCCCGCUUGGUCUUUUUUUCUGUCCGUGUCCCCGUGCAUCCGAUCGGAGGCACAGGGACACGGAUAGCACUGAGGAACGUGAACUGCAGGUUGCUGACAGAACAAGAAUGUAUAAGGGACGCGUCUUCUUGGAAGGUUGUGUUUGUCAAAGCGCAGGGCAUUACCGUCCCGCAAAUACGUACACACGCGUACCACUCGUCAUUUACAUAUCAUCGUCAUCAUCGGCCAUGGUCAGUCCACUGCUGGAUGAAGGCCUAUCCACGCCGUCUGCAUCCAUCAUGUUUUCGCGACGCCGCAAUCCAUCUCGAGCUGAUCUUGUCAUUCCAUCUCCGCUUUGGGGCGUCCUCGCCAGCAAUUAUGGACCUGGCUGGAGGGGGGGGGGGCAUUCAUCCCCAUUGGUGGCUCUUGUGAAAAUUCCACAUUCCUAUGACUGGGGCCAGUCCACCGAAAAUACAACCACGGUUAGCUUACCCGCAAAGCGGUACCUAUUUUAACCGCCCUGGAGGGAUGAUGACCGAUGCAAUGAAAUGAAUACCAGCCAGGUCUUAAACAAUGUGUGUGUGUAUGUGUGUGUGCUUAGAUGCAUUAAGAAUAGAACCCCCGUAGCCUUAUAGAGUAUUGGGGGUAAGUGUUGUUAGCGAGCACCUAUUAACGCCAGCACGGCGAUCGAGCGGCUGGUGUGGUGACAAUCACGCCCCACCGCCUUUGUCUUCCCAUUUAUGGUGCUUGCUCAUUUGAGGCUGAGUCGACCUAGCGGAGGCCCGGGACGCUUUUAGAUAUUCAUCACCGACGUUGGCCGGGUUCGUAGCGCAGCGCGCUAACUGCUGCACCACCGCUCCUCAGCACACGCAGAUACCGUGUCACAUAUGCACGCGCGCACACUUGCACCGAUGCACAGGCAAUUGUAGAAAAAAAAAUGCAGAUAUUUACAUGCACACGUAUAUAGCAAUGAGAAUAGUUGUAAAAAAAAAGCAUGCGUCAGAUAACUAUGCAUUGUUACGAGAUAAAUUAUACAAGCUGCUGUGUAACUUAGGGAUUCGCCACCAAUCCUGCAAUUCGUAAUGAGUUUCUUAUCGGGUCGCAGUGUCUCAGUGUUUCACGAUAACCCUCCACCACCUCGCGGCAGAGGCAGCCGGAUCAAGG